AUGUUCCUUCUCAAUGACACCCAAUUCCACCUCGUCUCCUUCUUGUUGCUGGGGAUUCCAGGGAUGGAAACAUUGCAUGUCUGGAUUGGCUUUCCUUUUUGUGCUGUGUACAUGAUUGCCCUCAUGGGGAACUUCGCUAUCCUGUUUGUGAUCUGGGUUGAGAACAGCCUACACCAGCCUAUGUUUUACUUCCUGGCCAUGUUGGCUGCUAUUGAUUUGGGUCUGUCCACAGCUACCAUCCCCAAGAUGCUCGGGAUCUUCUGGUUCAACCUCAGAGAGAUCAUCUUUGAAGCCUGCCUCAUGCAGAUGUUUUUCAUUCACAGCUUCACACUUAUGGAGUCAGCAGUCUUGUUGGCGAUGGCUUAUGAUCGCUAUGUGGCCAUCUGUGAUUCGCUUCGAUACAGCACCGUCCUCACCAACAAGAUUGUCUCUGUGAUUGGUGUUGGUGUGUUAGUGAGGGCAUUUAUUUUUGUGAUUCCAUUUGUGUUUCUUAUUUUGCGACUGCCCUUCUGUGGGAAUCAUGUCAUUCCCCAUACCUACUGUGAACACAUGGGUCUGGCUCGCCUGUCUUGUGCCAGCAUCAAGAUCAAUAUUAUCUAUGGCUUAUGUGCAAUUUGUAAUCUAGUAUUUGACAUCAUAGCCAUUGCCCUUUCUUAUGUUCAGAUACUCCGUGCCGUUUUCCGUCUUCCUUCCCACGAAGCCCGACUCAAGUCCCUCAGCACAUGUGGUUCUCAUGUUUGUGUAAUUCUUGCCUUCUAUACACCAGCCCUCUUUUCCUUUAUGACACAUCGCUUUGGCCAUAACGUCCCCCGCUAUAUCCACAUACUCCUGGCCAAUCUUUAUGUCAUAGUGCCACCAAUGCUCAACCCUGUCAUAUAUGGAGUCAGAACCAAACAGAUUUAUGACCGUUACGUUUUACUUUUUUCUCUAAAGAAGACAUCCAGAUGGCCAACAGGCACACAAAAAGAUGCUCAACGUCACUCCUCAUCAGGGAAAUGCAAAUCAAAACCACACUCAGAUAUCACCUCAUGCCAGUCAGAGUGGCUACAAUGAACAAAUCAGGAGACUACAGAUGCGGGAGAGGAUGUGGAGAAAUGGGAACCCUCUUGCACUGUUGGUGGGAAUGCAAACUGGUGUAGCCACUCUGGAAAACAGUGUGGAGGUUCCUCAAAAAAUCAAAAAUAGAUCUACCCUAUGACCCAGCAAUAGCACUGCUAGGAAUUUACCCAAGGGAUACAGGAGUGCUGAGGCAUAGGGGCACUUGUACCUCAAUGUUUAUAGCAGCACUUUCAACAAUAGCCAAAUUAUGGAAAGAGCCUAAAUGUCCAUCAACUGAUGAAUCGAUAAAGAAAUUGUGGUUUAUAUACACAAUG